AUGUUUUCGUCUAUCCUCCUGCAGCUACUUCUGACUGUCAGCUACACUGCCUCGAGUCCUAUCCAAAGACGAGCACUCUCCCAAAACGACAUUAUCGGUCUUCAAGUCGCCAGCUACCUCGAAAACCUGGAGCUGAGCUUGUACACGGAUGGCUGUGAGCAUAUCACUGAUGCGCAGUGGCUUGCUGCUGGCUCCCCAUCCACCUUCCAGAAUGAUGUUUGUACUAUUGCCGAACAACAACAAAACCAGACAGGCUACAUCUCGUCGACGCUCGAAGAUAAUGGUAUCUCUGCUCCUCAAGCAUGCAACUAUGCAUUCUCGUACGACAGCCCGAUGACAUUUGUUCGUCUUGCCAAUCAAAUCACGUCCAUCGGUCUCGGGUACUACUUGGGUAGCUUGAACGACUUCUCCCCAGCACUUCAGACCGUGGCUGCUUCGCUCGGCUCGGUUGAAGCUCGCCAUGAUGCCAUUGUCAGAAACGGAAUGGGAGCGUCUCCCUUUCCGACCAACCUAGACGUGCCCUUGAGCUCGGUCUGGGCGUACAAUCUAGCGCAAAAGUACAUCACUUCCUGCCCUCAGCAGUUGCCCAUUGAUCUUCUACCUCCACUCGCCUUCAAUGGAAUGUCGGACAGAACGCUUAACUUUGGCUGGAGUCCCAAUGCCAACAACUUCUCGACGCCUGCAGGAGUCACUGGUCAAGAUCUUUACCUCGCCAUAGUUCACGCCAACGUCAGCGAUCCAGCAUACCAAAAGGUGCAGACAACAGGACAAGGUCGAGGCACGGUAGAACUUCCGGAAGGACUCAAUGGUGUCGUGUAUGCUGCUCUGACUGCCUCAUCUGGCGACUUGACCUAUCAUGAGCUUACAACAACUGGCACUUUGGCCGGACCCGCACAGCUUGUUCUCUCUUGA